AUGGGUUCCGCGCAAAGCCUCAUCCCUGUUGCUACCCUGAUUCUCGCCGGCACCGCCGUCUACGGCUUCACCCACCUCAACAAGCCCACCGGCGCAGCCCAGGAGCCCACCGCCCCCGCAGGCCCCUCCUCCUCCUCUUCCAAGAAGUCCAAGUCGAAGAAGAAGGCCGCCCCCGUCGACGCGGGCUCCAGUGCGCAGACCCAGCCCAGCGAGAAGGCGGCCGCGGCGCCCGAGCCCGGCGUGGUAUCCUUCCCUCCCGUCCUCCCAGGCAGCUUCGACGUCGCGCCCCCCGCCCAGUCCGAACGGGCGAAGCCUAAGAAGAAGAAGAAGGCGAAGAAGGCGGGCUCCGCGCCUGCGGCCGACGACGCGCAAUCAGAGUCCUCUGCGACCGCCCCCGAGACGUCCGCCGCCGCCACCGGCCGCGGGAAGCCCAAGCGCGCCGCGGCGUCCGUCGACGAGGACGGGUGGACGAAGGUCGAGGCGCGGGUGCAGCGGACGCAGAAGGGCGCCCCGGGCGUGCCCCAGCUCGACGUUAACACCAGCGACGCGGGAGUCACGACGUCCGUCACCGGUACCGGGAACUCGUCGCCCGUCACGGAGCGCACGGAGGAGGAGGGCGGGGAGCCGGUGACGGAGAACAGGCGGACGCUCGCCGAGAAGCUGCUGCCCAAGCCCUGGAAAACGGGGGUCGAGGACUUGCUGGAAGAGCCUGACUACCCCCAGAUCUCGCGAGUGAUGCGCAUCAAGCCGCGGCCGGACGAGCAGCCAGCAACCGGCUUCUCAUGGGCGGACUACGAAGACGUCGACUCACGAGGGACCGCGAACGACGCGGACGGCGAGGACGAUGGGGGCUGGGGCGUCGUCAAGAGCCGGGGUCGGACAAAGGUCACCAGGGCCCCGUCGCAGCAGACACCGACCGCGCAGACGGCCUCCGAAUCGGUCACGAAGAAGCAGCGACAGCGUGCGGCGAAGAAGGAUGCAGAAAAGUCGGCGAAGGCUGACGCAGAAGCUCAGCGGCUCGCCACGCUUGCAAAGCACAAGCGUGAACUCGAGCAGGCUCGAAUGGCGGAACAGUCCAAGUCUUCGCGAAACACCGCCAGCGGAGGCAUGUCUGCCUCUGUCGAUGAAAACGGGAAGCUCAUCUGGCAAUAA